AUGGCUCCUCCUUUACCACCUUCUGGUCAGUUCAUCGCAUCCAUCAGGCGGUCCUGCCACGAGGUGCGCGUGGCACAUCACAUACAGGUCCCUGAGGAAAACAUCAAACGUCUGUUACUCUCACCAGCCUUCACUACGACCUAUCAUCGGAUUGCGAGCAACUCACAUGGCCUUGCGUUUCCCCUGAACUUCCCUUCGCCCUUCGCCGAGUUGAAUGUGCUGUCGGUGCUAUCACUCCUCAACAUAGGGCCCGGCUUCCGCACCGCUCUCCACCAGCAGACGGGCCGUGGGGCAUGGGAUUCGAUUCGCGCCUUCGUCUUCGGCCUUUACCUCACUUCCUCUAGUGGAGAGGGCGAUCUUCUGAGCGCCCAAGGAAUGAAGCAAAUUGGUGACGCCCAGAUAGCCGAGCUUCUCGGGGUUAACGUACACGUCGAGAAAGCGCAUGACUCUAUCGCUGGCCUCACUGUUGGCGAGGUGGGAGGCGCUGGAUGGGAGCUUGUGCAACUACUCAAGCAACUCAUGAACGAGACUGGGAAGAUACUGGUCCAGAAUGGCUAUUCGGAUCUGGGGACCUUCGUGGCCGAGGCCCUCAAGGAGGGCCAGAACGUUGCUUCAAGGACGGGCAAUAAGGACGCGCUCGCGGACGUGGUUCUUGAGCGGCUCGUGAGGGCCUUCCCGGGGUUCCAAGACAUGGAGAUGAUCAACGGUCGCCCUGUCUACUGCUUCAAGAAAGCGUUGUUCGUAAUCUAUGGGGUCGCAAUUCGCUUCGGCUCAAAAUCUCCGGUGCCAUUUCCUGUGCCGGACGCGUCAAGCCUUCCCGUGUGUACAGACAACGUCCUACCUUCGAUGCUGGUCCAUCUCGGAGUGUUAGAUCUCUCUGCCUGUGAUGCUUCCCUGGAGGGUAUCUUCGAUGGCGCAGGCUCACCCCAGGCGCUUGAAGUGCUUCUGGCUCCUGCGCCCGAUCUCAUGAAAGACACGGCAAAGGCCGCGGCCAAGGUCGUGCCGAAGGAGGGCCCUGUCCUGACGACGGAUCAAGCGUACAUCCUACGCGCCGCAGCGAUUGACGCCUGUGCCCUUUCUAUUGAAGUGUUGAACGUCAAUUAUGUACUUGCUGUUGGUUUUAUGAAAUGUAUCAUUUGA